AUGUCGUCUGAUCCCGUUGGCGUGGCCAUAGUAACAGGAGGCUGCUCAGGCAUCGGCCUUGCAUUGAGCCUCCACCUGGCCGCCAAGAACUGGCAUGUUUACAUCCUGGACAUCCAAGACCCAGUCUCCGAGAUCCCAACCGAGGCCGUCACGUUCCUGAAGACCGACGUCUCAGACUGGGACCAGCUGGCCUCCGCCUUCCAGACCGCCUACUCGCGCUUCUCCCGUCUGGACUUCGUCGCGCUCAACGCAGGCAUCGUCGACCGCGACGAGAUCUUCGGAAGCAUCUCAGGGGACCCGGCAAACCCGCCGAAGAGCCCCAACAUGCUGACCUUUGGCGUCAACCUCUACGGCCCGUACUACGGCCUGAAACUCGCGGCGCACUACAUGAGCCUGCCGGGCGGCAAGGCCGCGGCCAAGGGCGGUAAGGUGGUCAUGACCUCGUCGAUGGCCGGGAUCCGGGUCUACGCGCCGUACCCGCAGUACAGCUCCUCAAAGUACGGCGUGCUGGGGCUGACGCGGGCCGUAGCGCCUGCCUCGGAGAAGGUGGGCAUCCGCGUCAACUGCGUGUGCCCCGCGCUCGUGGCGACAGGGAUGGCGCCGCCGGGGCUGGAGAAUUUCCCGAAGUCGAUCAUCACGCCCAUGUCGACGAUGAUAAGGGCGUUCGACGAGCUGUGUGAGUUUGACAAGCUGGCUGCGGAAGGCAAAGAGGCAUGGGUCGCUUCGGGCCCCAAUGGCGCGGUAGUAGAGGCAAACUUGCAGAAUGUUACUUACAGGGAGGAGCCUCCGAGGGAGAGUGACCCGAUUGUAGACAACGGGAUGGUUGACGCUUUGACUACCAAGUAUGAAGAGAGGAACAGCGCUUUGCGGAAAUGA